AUGCCAUCCGAGCGAGGCCGAACAUUGCCGACAGGCUGGGGUGUCCGACGGCAAAUGCAGGGGUUUUCAACCGGUGCAAAAACCAAAAUGGCGUGGCAACCAGACCAAGACGGUUUACAGCAAAUUAUACAGCUUUUAAAAGAAAGUCAGAGCCCUAAUAAUGAAGUACAGCGAGCAGUUCAACAAGUAUCCUUUACUCUACCAGAUAUUUUGUUAAAAUCUGUAUUUUUUAAGGUUUUAGACCAAAUAAUGGCCGUCACAUCGCUAAGGUUUUGCGCGUCACACGUGCUAGUUUCUGAAAUCAAACAUGUCUUCAAUUAGUACGUUUUCGUUGUAUUCCUUAACGGAAUUGCUUUUCAGAAACUUGAAUCCUUGAACCAAUUCCCUGACUUCAACAAUUACCUGAUAUUUGUUCUGACGAAGUUAAAAAGCGAAGGUAAGCUUUCUAGCUGUGUAAUCUACAGUGCGAGUUCCGGUUUGCAAUAUGCACGAUCACAUGUGGCAAUAUUUUUUCCUGCAUAAUCAUUCCGUUUGAAAUUAACCAUGUUUAUAUCACUGUUCCAUUUCAGAUGAACCGACUCGUUCGCUGUCGGGUUUAAUUCUUAAAAAUAACGUCAAGUCACAUUAUCACACAUUUCCUGAUCCAGUUAAAGAGUUUAUAAAAUCAGAAUGUCUUCAAGCCAUAGGCGAUCCCUCGCCUCUCAUACGAGCUACAAUCGGUAUCUUGGUCACCACAAUAGCUGCGAAAGGCGAUCUUACGAACUGGCCCGAGCUUUUACCAACUUUGUGCCAGCUUUUGGACAGCGAAGACUACAAUGUUUGUGAGGUAUUUGAAAAUAUAGAUGAACUUACAUAGCUUAUCGAGACUUUAAAACUAUAUUGAAAAUCAUAAGUUUUGAGCUUUCAGCUGCUUGAAACUAUAUGAUUGAUAUUGCGGAAAAAUUUUAAAUGCGACAACGUUAAAAUCAUAUUGAAAAUUAUAAAUUUUGAGCUUACUGCAUGGAACUGUAUGACUGAUAUUGUAGGAAAAAUGUCAAAAAUGCAGCUGCUGGAGAGUGAAUUAGUGAAAUGCUGAGUUUGUGCCAGAAUAACAUGACUCGAUCAUAUAAAUUCUGGCACAAACUCAGCAUUCCGGGAACUCGCUCUCCCAGCAGCUUUGUUUUUGACAUUGUCACUUGUAAGAUUUUUUCACGCUCCAAGGCAGUUAGUUUCAUGCAGAAAGCUCAAACAUAAAGUUUUUAAUGAGUUAACAAAAAAACCAUGUACAUGUACCUGAAUUGCACAUUCAUUUAAUUUAUUAUUAUUAUUAUUAUUCUUUUUGUACUUGCCAAAACUAACAGGAUUUUUUGAACCCCUACUCACAGCUCAUUGUCAUACAGGUGUAGAAAUUCAUCGAGGCCUCAGACAUACUUACAAUGUGAAGUCCUUUUUGAGUUUCCUCUGACGGCUAAAAAGUGAAAUUAUUAUUUUAGCAGAGUGACAGAAAGUAAAACAAAAUUGUGAAAACAAAGAUUAUGUAUAAUAAAUAUUAUAAUUAAGUUAUGGAUAGCUCACAGCCACAUCUGAAAUGCUUCUUUAAGUUCCUGUCAGAAACAACAGCUGGAUGGUAUUAACGGCUGAUCAAUUCAGACGUUACUGAGGGAGUAAAAACAACUUGAAGUAACUGUCUGAAAUUCAGGCUUCUCUACUGACUGAUAUUUUCAGGUUAGAGCAGGGGUUGGAAAAAUGUUCAAUUCCAGCUUGUCUUCUGGGCAAGCAGCACUUGCGUUUUGCUUGCCUGGGGCCACCUCUUGCAUGUCAUAUUUAAUGGCCUCAUUAGAGAUUGACCUGACUGAAUCCUUGCCUAUUGGGCAAGUGCAAGUACUUGUAAAGCUUAAAAAGUUACUUGGUCUGCAAUAAAAUCUACUUGUCCUGAACUACCAGUUGGGACCUAUUUUGAACCCUGUUAAAGAUAAUGGGCCAGUUAUUUAAACGGAGUUUAGUUCAUGCUUAACAAAACCACGUUCUAAGCCAUUUUCAGUUUGCCCAACGCUUUUAUUUAUACGCCAUUUAUCCUGAACAAUUUCAAUAAAGCAUGUAGCUUUAACUGGAAAAGCACUUAUUUUCUAAGAAAGAGAUCUAGAGGUCCAAUGGUCUCUUAAACCGCUGUCUAAGUUAGACUUCGUUUAAAUAACCGACCCAAUAUGUUUUGAGAACUAAUGGGGAAUGAAUGUAUGUGUCUUGUUUUAAUAGGGAGCAUUUGGAGCUUUGCAGAAGAUCUGUGAAGAUUCAGCUGAGCAGCUGGACAGUGAUGCACUUAGCAGACCCCUCAAUAUACUUAUCCCCAAGUUUCUUCAGUUUUUUAGACAUGCAAGCCCCAAAAUAAGGUCAGUGUCAAACCGUUUCAAAGAUAUCUUAAUUUUUUAUUGUUUUACUUGUGAAUUGCAAUGUCAAUGAAAGUGCUAACUAAGUGCUAAGCAUGUCCACUUAUUCUAGAAUAUUUCUUAUCACACAUACUUAACAAAAUUUAUAUAACAGUGAAAUACUUUUCAGCAAGCUUACCUAUACUUAAAUGAACGUUUAUUUUGAUCUCCUAGGUCCCAUGCUAUUGCCUGUGUUAACCAGUUUAUUGUCACACGGACACAAGCACUCAUGGUUCACAUAGGGACUUUCAUUGAGGUAUAAACAUUUUGUAUUAUGUCCAUUUUGUCCAUUCAUAAUUUUGUUGUCUCAUCAUGUUAGAGACUAAAGAAAGAUGUCAUAGCUGUUUUGUGAAAGAAUUUCAUCCAGUAAAUGUCAUGCUGCAGUCAAUGCUCACUUUGCUAGUCUGUGAAUGUAGUGGCUUUUUCUGCCAUUUGGGGAUUUUUUUUAGAGAGAUCUCUCUCAUAAAAUGCCUCUUGUCGAGGUGAGUUACAGAGGCAGCCAUACUUGCAGGGUACAUGUAUCAGUUUGUCAACAGCCUGUUUUUUUUUUGACACCAUUAAGUAUUAUUGUCAGCAUUUCACACUGCGAGUCCCAGGAAUAAAAAUUCAUGUAUUACUGGAAAAUGUAGUCACUCUGCCACAAUCCUGAAGAUGUUCAUUAUAACAGGCAGUAACCACAGCUAUGUAGCUAUAAGAUAUUAAUGAUUUUGUUGUAGAAUCUGUUUGCACUUGCGGGAGAUGAGGACCCUGAAGUGAGAAAGAAUGUCUGCCGAGCCCUGGUGAUGCUUUUGGAAGUUAGAGCUGAUCAGUUGAUUCCUCACAUGAAUAACAUAGUUGAGGUGAGAUGAUGAUAGAAAUUAAUUUUUACCUUUGUCUUUUUAGAGUACAGUCAGCAAGUCUACAUGUACAUGUACAUACAAGCUGUAGUUUAUUGCAGACAUGUUUGUUAGUAACGUUUUUCUUCAAGUUUGAAUAAGCAUGUUUUAACCCUUCAAGCUGUAAAGAGCGAUCAGCUUCAAAUUCCUCCCUUCUCAAUCAUUUAGAAAACAGAGUGGUCACAAGAAUUAAGGACAUGGUGACAAAAGACGAAUUUGCUUGAUCUUAUAUUUUAACAAACUUCUGCCCUCUGAGUUCUUUAGAUAAUGUGCAGGGGAACAAAAUUGAAAUUUUGAUCUUAGAUUAAAGGCUUGAAGUCCUCCUCUAACCACUAUAUAUAUUGUACAGCUCUUUUAUUUGACCAUUGUGGUAAAUAAAAUGUUUGUAAAAUAUUGAACUGUGUCCACCUAUUGCCAUAAGCUUUUGGAUUGUUGAUUUUUGUUGCCUUUGGCCAGUUGUACAUGUGUAUAUUUUCUUGUUUCAUUGAUUCCAGUUGGCCGUCUUGUCAGUCAUAACCCUAGGUUGGCACCUGGUGACUAAUGUUUGCCUUUGGGCAGCAAGAAAGUCUUAGUCUUUGUACAGAGCAUAUGCAAUGGGUAGCCUGGAUUUGAUUUAAUUUAUAACCUUUAUAGACAAUAUUACUUUUCUCUUGAGUGUAGCCCAGUGUUCAGUGAAUAAUGUGUUGUUGAAGAUCAUCAGGUUUAUUGAGUGCAGUUGACCAGCAUCUCAAUACGAGCUAUGAUAAUAGAAUGUGACCUUAGCUUAAUGUUCCUGUUUUACAGUACAUGUUGAUGAGGACACAGGACAAAGAUGAGAAUGUUUCUCUCGAGGCCUGUGAGUUUUGGUUGACACUAGCUGAGCAGCCAAUCUGUAAAGAGGCACUUAAUCCACAUCUCCACAGGUAUUGAGUUAGAUACAUGCAACUCUUUUAGCCCUGUAACUCUUCAAACUCUGUAUUAACCCUUUAAGCCCCAGUAUCCACAUACAAAUUCUCCAAACUAAUCUCUAUACAUUCCCUUUAAGAAUGAGUUGAGAGAAUUUGAUAAAAGAUCAAGGCAUUUUUACUUGGGUGAUCAUUUUAAUAAUUCUCAUAACAUAUCUGUUGACAAUGUAUGGAUAUUGUUAGGAGAAAAUUGAUCCUGGUCACUAUUGGGACUUAAAGGGUUAAGAGCAAAUUAAAUGCUUCAGUGCUGCAAUGCCUGGGCUUAAUAGUCAAAUACACCCCUGUAUAUUAUUAUACUGUAUUAUGUGCUCUGGAGGAUUUUUUUUUUAGGAAGUUAAUGGGCGUCAACUGAAAUGAGUUCUCAAAGCAAUGCAGAGGGUGAAAAAUUUUUUUCAAUAUUACCUACCCUAAUCCCUUUCCCCAAAAGAUCUGUGAAAAGAUUGAAGUCAAAUCUCUGUUUAGCACUAUUCCUGUGUAUGCAAGAACCCUAUUAUACAAUACAGUGGUGUAGGUUUACAAAAUGUACUUCACAUUCAUAAUGAUUAAUUUUAGUAUGUUUUGCGCAAAGUGAUUCAAAGUUUUGUAAGGUAUUAAUUUGCUCAUUUCUUUCAUUAGGCUUAUUCCAAUACUUGUAAAUGGAAUGAGAUACUCUGAGAUUGACCUCAUCCUUCUUAAGGUACACCAUGUUUAUUUGAUAAACAUAUUUAACAAUGUUAGAUGUUCAAUUCUUGCAACUUCAGCAGUGUUUGAUUUGUAAUACUGAUUGGUUUAGAUUUGGCAACUAGAUUUGAAGUUUUAGGCCUGGUUCAGAUGCCAAACUUUUCCUGAUAGAAAAUUCGGCAUCUGAAUCAAAGGUGUUCCAAAGGCAAAAUUCCCGGCGGGGCUAGGCGAAAAGAACCGCUGAGUCGUUCCAGUUUGAAACAGGCGUCUGAACAGGCCCUUAUACAUGUUACAGUUCAAGGGAUCAGAAGCAUUGUUCUUUUCUAUAGACUCGUUGUUUAUAUGCACAAGUCAACAACAACAACAACAACUUUUAUUGACCCCUUAUACACAAGAAAGAUGAACUUUAUAUCCAACAAAAAUUAAAUCUAAACGGGGUGUUGUCUUCCUAAAGUAAAUCACUAAAGAGUUAAAAAGUCUAGGAAGCCAAAAUAUGUAGAAUAAAUUACAAUAUGAGGGUUGGAAUAACACAAAAACACAACACAAACAUGCACUCAUAUCUAACUGAAAAAGAAAUAAAUCAAAUAAAUUUCAAGGGGAGAAAAACAGGAUUUAAAAUAUAGACUUUGCAAAUUCAUCAAUUGACUGAUUGGCCCUUAAUUUGUUGGUUUUAGGCUGAUAAUGAGGAUGAUGAGUCUGUGCCAGAUAGUGAACAAGACAUCCGGCCAAGAUUUCACAAAUCAAAGACACACAGUCAACAGCAUGAGCAAUUACAAGACGGAGAAGUAGCUGUAAGAAGGCUGUUACAUUGUACAUAUAUUACAUUAGGCAAACCCAGAGGACAGUUCUAAGGAUCUGGGUAGUGCUUCAGAUUGGUCAAGCCGCAGGGGAAAUUUCCUUCAACCAAUCAAAAGAUCUGGGUAGUGACACGUCAUCAGUUUGGAAUUCCUCCUAUGUCAUUUCGCAGGGAAGCUAGUGAUGGUGUUACAAAAUGUUGGCUGUUUUCUCAGGCUACUUUCCUAGCAAAUUUAUUAAAAGUUUGUACCUCGCAGCUUUUUGUUUAGAAACCUUGUGUCCCUUUUUAGCAAGAUAACAAUUGAAUGAUUUUUCUCAGGGGGACAGUGAAGAGGAUGAAGAUGACAUGGACGAUGAUGCUUUGUCGGACUGGAACUUAAGUGAGUUCCAAUUUUGUUGCCUUAACUGAUGAAAAUAUGUUUUUCAAAGUGAAAUUUUGUUAGUGAGUGUUCCCUCGUUCAGUGACUCUAAUUUUUUUAAAACUCAUUGAUGCCGUACAGUGUUACAUAUAGAUUUGAGAAAGAAAGUUCAUUUUGUCAUACUCGAAACAGCUCUUUUCAUAAACCUUUAAUGUCUGUCCCAAUCUUAAACUGUGCCAUACUUGUAUCUGUUCACAUACUGUAGCUCUGUGCUAAUCCCCCUAUGGUUCUUUACAGGAAAGUGUUCUGCAGCUGCCUUAGAUGUUCUUGCCAAUGUUUUCCGCGAUGACCUGUUGCCAGUGUUACUGCCGAUUUUGAAGGAAACACUUUUCCAUCCUGACUGGGAAGCCAAGGAAUCAGGAAUUCUUGUCCUGGGUGCUGUGGCUGAAGGUAGAAAGCUUGUACUAUAUUAGGGUUUAAUUGAAUGCUAAAAAGAGUGCUUGAGAUGUUCAUCAGCAAUAAAAUUAUUAAUUUUCAAGUUGAGAUUGUUAAAAGAAUAAAUUAUAGUGUGCACCACAGACAAACUAAAUGUGCAAGUCAUGCAUGGUUGGCCUGUUUAAAAAAGCCAUUGUUUGAUUGCCCAAUCAGGUUGAAGGGAAAUUUUUAAACACUCUUAUUGUAAUUUGUUGAAUCCAUUGGUGGCCCUGAACAAAGGUUUUGGUGCUGCUUUGCAGAUCUUACUAGCUACAUGUAGGGUUUGGUUACAAUGCAGGAUAAAAGAGUGAAUGUAUGUUUUUGUUUCAGGUUGCAUCACUGGAAUUGCUCCCCACUUGCCUGAACUGAUUCCUUUCUUGAUCAACUCACUAUCUGAAAAGAGGGUAAGUACUGUACUAUACAAUUUGCGAUUUUCAAUCCAGUACAAAGUUUGUUUUCAGUUUAAAUUUCAUACCAGAACGAGUCAAUUUCAUCCAGAAUAAAAACCGGAAUGACUUGUAUGGGAGCAAAAUGUCAUUUAGGAAUGCUGAAAAACACAUUAUAUGAAGAUGGAAUGAACUCAUUCCAGAAUGAAAGUCAUACCAGUGUCAUGUGAAUAGCUUCUUGGUAUGAUGUCAUUAUCACUGUUUUCCAUGCUUGAUUUUGUUCCUUGCGGUUCAAGUCUUCCUGGCCUUGCAUUUUUCUUGUAAUUGCUCCUUUAACUGUAAGUCACAAUGCAAAUUAUGGUUGAAAUUAAGUGUUUUGGAGUCAUUUUCUUUCUUGUAUAAUCUAGAGUUUCAUGAGAUUUUUUGGUCUUGUUUGUUUGUUAUUUUUUGCCAGGGAUGAAUGAAAUUCAAAUAAUUAACUCUUUUGAGUUAAACUGUCUUAAAUUAAAUUUCCAAACAAACUUUUUUCAUUCAGCUUUCACCAUAAUAUGGCAUAUUAUGCCAACAAAAGGAGCAAAAGGUUGCACAAGCUAUUCUGAGCAGACUUGCUAAUAUCUUUUCAGGCACUGGUGCGUUCUAUAACUUGCUGGACGCUGAGUCGUUAUGCACACUGGGUUGUUAGUCAGCCACACGAGGCCUACCUCCAGCGCCUUAUGACAGAGGUACAGUUUAAGGGUCUUGAUCAUAGCCAACAAAACAAAACAGAACAUGUCCAUUAAAUUAGUUAUUUAUUUAUUUGUUUAUUUUUUCAUUUUAAAACCAAUAGACCUUUUUACUGAUAUGGUGGCGAUAUUGAAUAGGUUAGGUUUAAAGGGGCUAUGUCAGCUGGAGAGCAUGCGCUCUGAGGUUAUGCAAAUUACUUUCAACUGUCAAAAUUCUAUUGUUUUUAACGCAUGACUUUCUCCAUGUGCGCUGUGAGGUUAUGCAAAUUACUUUCAACUGUCAAAACUCUAUUGUUUUUAACGCGUGACUUUCUUCAUGUUCUCUGUCACGUCCAAGGUUCCGAAUUUAGAGAGGUUUAGCGAAAUGGGUUUAGAUAAGGGAUAUUUCGAUAGAAUUUAUGGAAACGUUUCUUCUCUGGUUAUGCUAGAUCAAGAAUAAAAUUGCAACGACAAUUUUACUUGUAGUUUUGAAGUAAAAACGGAUGCCAUUCAUAAAAUAGAGCGCAAACAAAAUUCAACAACAACAUAUUGUCUUAUUCAACAAAAUAAAUGGAAGUUGUAUUUUACAAACGAGCUACAAAAAGACACUAGACUGAAGAUAAAGACCAAGACUGUUUCAAAUCAUUAACAAUUAGACUUGUCUGUCGCUAUUGAUUUUAUAAUUUAGAUGCUGAUAGAACAAGAGACCAAGUCUUUGUUUUGAUCUUAGGGAAACAUACAUUAUCGCAAAAAAUUGUUCGAUCGUGCGAAUCACUGAGAUGUCGAGAAAAAAACAGAACCCAGCAUCAUUGGUAUACUACUCCACUAUAAGCAGUCUGUUGAUAAAAAGGGAAAGCAAACUCUGCUAUUUUCCAAAAUUAUGCUCCAACACAAACAGUUCAAAAACAUGGCAUUUACAGGAUCUAACUCAUUAAAGGUGCCUCUCUAAGUCCGUUGAGAACAAUCUGGACGAGCAAACGGUCGUGUUUAUCUUUGCCGUGAAUCGAGAUAAAUACAAGAAGGAAUCUAGCCGAAUUUUAGAAUGUUUCCUUCGCCAGGAGUUUAGUUUCAAUCACGAAACUGAUGGCCUGAUGCUCUUGUAAUCGUUUACAAAAAAUGGCCGCCGCCAACUCGAUAGCCGCUUCAUUAUAUGUCCACAUACUUUGAGCACAAGAAAAAUCCAAGAGCCAGCAGCCUCUAAAAUAACUCAAUAGAAAGGUCCUGUGAACUAUAGGGAAGAUUCCAUCAAAGAUUCCAUCACUCAUUGUGGAGUAGCCGUCAUUAACUCUGCCAUUACAACGGCCGCUGAUAAGAGGACACAGUAAAUCCACGUAAAAACAUUCCACAGGCAAACAAUUUUAAAAUAACGCCAAAAAAUUGUUCUGUAAUCACCAUAGAAUGAUUCUUAAUACAAAACUUCGCUAACUAUCGAACGAUGGCUGAGAUUUAGACAGAUAAAAACAGCCUUCCAAAAUCUCCGACACAACUUGAAAAAGUUGGGCUGUCUUUUUCAAGUUUGUUUUCAUUGGCUCGCGCAUGCGUGUUGGGUGACAUAGCCCCUUUAAGGAGUAUUAUAGGAUGUCCAGGGGGCAUGAGCCAGUCCGUUUAGUGUUUACGAGUACCUUUUGAGGGAUUUUUUCUUAAAAUUUUGCAGUUGUGCAGUGUUAGGAUGUAAUAAUGAUGGCCUUUUUCCCAAGAAAUAUACAGUGAAAGACCAUUUUUCUAAUACAAAGCGAGUACAAUGGAUCUUGCUCAAGCCCCCUGGGCAUCCCAUAAUACUCCUUAAAUCAAAUUAAUUCAAUAUGGCCAGCAAAAGGGUCUAUUCUUUAUUUUUUCUCUUACAACCAACCAUGAUUUCCAACUACGGCAAAAUGUUUGUCGGUUACUUUGGCUACAUGUAUGUGUUACCAUUGUUGAGCAGACAUCAAAUUCUUGAUUCCUCAGAAUUAUUUUUGUACCUUAAUCAUUUUAAAAUCCUUUUGCCAUUUAGCUUCUCAAAAGGAUCCUGGAUAGCAACAAGAGGGUCCAGGAAGCAGCUUGCAGGUAUUAAUUUUUGUCCUUUGCAUUAAAAUAGUCGUGGGAUACAGGGUACAUCAUAUUGACUUUUUUGUCUUUUACCUUAUAGUGCUUUUGCUACUUUAGAAGAAGAAGCUUGUACUGAACUUGUUCCUUACCUCAGCUUCAUUCUCGAGACUUUAGUUUUUGCAUUUAAUAAAUACCAGGUUUGUUAUUUUCAUGAAACAUAAAUAUUAUAAUCAAAACAAAUUUAUGUGCAUGCUGUUAUUGGUACAAGAGCAUUCUUUGAAAUAACCUUGCACUACUGUGGUUUGAUAGUUAACCUUUUCAUCAGCCUUGAAGACAAGCACUGUUCUCAUUCCCCGAGUACUUUGGUGCAGGAAGCUAGUCUUAGCUUUUAAUAAAACUCCUGCACAAGGUUUUAACAAAGUGUGUCUGGUCUUGCUAAAAACAUUCAUCUCGUUUCUUCUUACAAGCUAAUGUAGCAUGUUUAUUUCUUGGAAGCACUCUUGUUUUUGCUAAAGUUCCAGUGAAUGCAUAAUAAAACCAUUAUUGAACUCAGUUUUUGCAUGAUAGUGCAAACCUCAGCCAUGAUGUUCUUGUUAUUGUGCUAAACUUUUUCCCACUGUUAAUUAUUUGCAUUGUUACAUGAAGAUUGUAUUUUUUCUGUCGGUUGUUGUACCAUAAAUCCUCUUCUAAGCCCUCUCCCCUCUCAAAUACGCACCUUUUUAGGGAAAGAAAGUUUUAAAGCCGCCCCCCUCCCUCCCCCUCAUUAUUCUUCACUAAUACAUGAAAAUGAUAGUCUGUAUUAGUUAAUCACAACUGUUACGCUGUGGACUGAACCAGAAUUGUUAAUUCACCUGCUGGAACUUUGGAUUGGUGUUGGUCUUUAGCUGCUUGCCCUCCUACUACUUGUAGUUGCAUUAUUAUUCUAGUUUUUAAUUAGAACUGAUGCCAUCAUCUUCGCUAAUUUAGAUAAGCACCAAACAUGCUUUAAAUAUAUUAGCCCCCUGGAGGAGUAAAAGAGGAUUUAUGGUAUUUGCUAGUCUAAGAGUGAAAUGUUUUGUUUUCACUUGAUCUUUUGUUAGCACAAAAAUCUCUUGAUACUCUACGAUGCUAUUGGAACACUUGCUGACUCUGUGGGUCACCACCUGAACAAGCAGGAGUUCAUAAACAUGCUGAUGCCACCCCUUAUUCAGAAAUGGAACCAACUUAAAGAUGAAGACAAAGACUUAUUUCCACUCCUAGAAUGCCUUUCAUCUGUUGCCACAGCACUCCGGUCAGGUUUCCUCCCCUAUGCUGAACCUGUGUUCCAGAGAUGUGUGUCUUUAGUGGAACAAACAUUAACUCAGAGCGUGGUAAGAGCACAUUUUAUGCAGUAUUCAUACUUUCAGAGAGUAUUCUGGUGAUGGACAUAAUAUGCACAUGUUUUUUCAUUUAAAAAUGAGAUUUAAAAAAAUGAUUAAAAGUGCAAUAGAAUGCUGAUGUCUCGAACCAGACCUAACUUCUCUUCACCAGUCAAACUCUGGAAUUUUACCUGCGAUUUUUGAAACCUCCUGAUAAUUUGAACCAGUUAACUUUUCCAAGGUGGUUUGAGAAAAUCGGAAAUCUGCUGUCGCUGAUCAGGCUAAUUUUUAGCAGUGCCGGUUGCCCCAUGGCCACUAGGGAAUUUACUCUAGUUUUUGUGCAAAGGUUCAUCGGUUUAGCAGGGCUCCCUGCAGUUCUUGUUAGAUCUCAGGCCUGUUGAUUUUUGCGUGUUUUUAUAUAAUUAUCCUAUUAUUACAAUCAAUUAUUAAUGUAAGUCACACUUACAUGUACGUGCUUUGAUAAAUGUGAGAAACUAAUGUUGACGCACAUUUUCUUCUGCUUGCAUAAUUAAUAGGGUCAGCUUUAAUUUUUUCCAGUUGUGCACAUCUCUUUCUCCUUUUUGUUGUCAGGCAUCCCAGACCCACCCAGACCAGUUUGAGCCUCCUGACAAGGACUUCAUGAUAGUGGCUUUAGAUUUGUUAAGUGGACUAGCUGAAGGACUAGAGGGACAGAUUGAACAGUUUGUCAUCAGAAGUAACACCAUGACAUUGCUCUACCAAUGUAUGCAGGUACAGUUUGGCAUGUGCUUGUACUGCUGAACAGUGCUGUCUUAGGUCUGAGUAUUGAAAUUGUUAUUACUUUUUUGGACAUCACUGAAAGCACACCAUAACUGGAGACAUAAUACUUGUUUGUUUUAAAAAAAUCUUGGCUUAGGAUUUGAGCUAAUAAGUGAGUGAAUAACGAUGAAAGUUAGCCUGCAGUUGACCUCUUAUGCCUUCCUUCAUGAGUUUUGGUUAAGUGUAACAAUAAUUAUUACUGUGCUUUUUUUUUCAAUCAGGACAAAAUGCCAGAAGUAAGGCAAAGUUCUUUUGCUCUUCUUGGGGAUUUAACAAAGGCCUGUUUUCAACACGUCAAGCCUUGCAUUGGUAAGUUUUAAAAUCUAGAUAGUGUGUGACGUAGCGUGAGAAAACAGCUGACAUUUCCUGACGCCAUCAAUGGUUUCCCCGUGAAAUGGCGCGUGAGCAACAACUGCAGAAUUCCACACUGAUGAUGUUUACUACUCAGAUCAUUUUAGUGCUCCUGAUCAUUUGAAGCAAAUUUACGACCAAUACGACCAAUCAGAAGCACUACGACCACUGCUAGAUGUGGGUAGUUGAUUUUGUAGGGAAAAUAUAACAAAAAUUAACUAUGUUUGUGUAUCUUUUAAUGGCAGGUGACUUUUUGCCAAUUCUGGGUCAAAAUCUCAAUCCUGAAUUCAUUUCUGUGUGCAAUAAUGCAACAUGGGCCAUUGGAGAAAUUUCAGUCCAACUUGGUAAGCCUUUGCAUAAUUAUUAUUAAUUUACACCCACACUUCCUGUUGAGUUGUACCCUGCGAGCAGAGGCUACAUUUUCGCUGUGUGAGCUGGCAUGCGAAAAGUAGCCUCUGCCAACAACCGUUCAAAUCUUUCCAGAAAUCUGGAUGAAUAAAUUUUAAAAAUGGGUUUUUUCCUGUUCUUGACCAGUUUAGAGCUUUGCAUGAGUCUUCCAUAGCAGAUCAAAGUUGUCCCAAUUUUUUUAUUCCCACAAUACUCGCACCAUUUGACGACAAACCUGACAAUUAAUUUUACUUCCGAAUCGCGUGAUGAAUUUCAUGCAUGCACGGAUAGAAAAUUAAAUGGUUGUUGGCAGGGGCUACUUUUCGCACGUUUUCUCACACAGUGAAAAUGUAGCCUCUGCCUGCAGCGUUGUUGGGUUGUUGUCAACGAGUCAGAUAGUGAGAUUGGGGGAGAUAUACCCGGUCCAACAACCUUAUUGGUUCUUAAUUUUGCUGGUACAUAAUUUCGCGAUUUUGGCAAGAUUGUAUUUUGUGGGGUGUUGUUUUCACGAUUUCAAUAGCCAGAUAUGAGAAAGAGUAUUAAAUUUUGCGUUUCAAUCGUUCUCAACCUGAUUUUAUUUUUCAAUCUUCUGAGCUUUAUAAGAUAUUGAGAUAAAACGAAACAAUCAAAAUGCGUAUUAACAUUAUUUCACAACAGAAGACACAGUCACAGAAUUGAACGUACCAGUAAAACCAGCGCAUAAUUUCUGGUGCCUGGAGAUUAGGAUAGUAGGCUCCUUUUGUCACUUGCAACAAUAAUAACUACUUCUCUGCGGACAGCAAAACGUCUAUACUAUGAGAAGAAAUUGACUAACGUUCAAUCUAAUACUCGUGCUACUUGGAAAGUUUUAAAUGAAAUUCUAAACAGAAGCAAAAGAAAUUCCAAUAGAUGCUCAACAUUUAAAGCUGAUGAUCGUGAAGUUACUGAUCCUGUCGAAAUUGCCAACAAGUUUUGUAGUUAUUUUUCAAGCAUCGGUCCUAAUUUAGCAAGGGGUAUACAGUCGUCAGCUUCACACCGUUGUUUUCUUAAUGGUUCCUUUACACAGUCAAUAUUCUUCAACCCUACAACUCAAGAUGAGAUCACCGAGAUUGCGAAAAACUUUCUUCCAGGCAAAGCAGCUGGCUACGACCAGAUUCCAAUGACAGUCAUUAAGGAGUCCAUUCUACUUGUUUCUGAACCACUCACCCAUAUCAUAAACUUGUCAAUCCAGCAUGGUAUUGUUCCCGAUGAAAUGAAAAUCGCUUCGCGUGAUACCUAUUUUUAAAUCUGAUGAUCAGUCGCUUUUCACCAACUACCGACCUAUCUCGGUGCUUCCCAGUUUUUCCAAAUUCUUUGAAAGAGUUAUCUACAAUCGUUUAAUGCAAUAUCUGAUGAACUUCAACAUCCUCUGUAGUAACCAAUACGGCUUCAGGGAAAAUCAUUCCACUGCACUCGCUAAUCGACUUGCAUGAUAAGAUCUCUACUGCCUUUGACCGAGGUGAAUUUUCCGUAGGUAUUUUUCUUGACCUCUCAAAAGCCUUUGACACUGUAAAUCAUAUCAUCCUUUUUGAUAAACUCGAACAUUACGGUAUUCGUGGCUUAGCGCUGGACUGGAUAAGAAGUUACUUUUCAAACAGAAAGCAAUAUGUUGAAUAUAAUGGCCACCGCUUAGUUAAGAAAUGAAAUCUCUUGUGGGGUCCCUCAGGGUUCUAUCCUCGGACCUCUAUUUUUCUUACUGUACAUUAACGACAUCAACAAUGCUUCUAAUCUAUUAAAUCUGAUAUUGUUCGCUGACGAUACCAAUGUAUUCAUGUCACAUAAAGAUCUGAACUAUCUCUCAGAUAUGUUAAACUUGGAGAUGGACAAACUGUCAAUCUGGUUUAAAAGCAAACAAGCUUUCUCUAAAUCUUAAAAAGACUAAAUUUAUGGUCUUCAAACCAAGACAAAAGCGUUCAAUUUGUAAUAUUCAAAUAAGUAUAGAUAAUCAAAAUAUUGUUAAAGUAAAGGAGACAAAUUUUCUAGGCGUAAUUUUGGAUGAAAACCUAAAUUGAAGUCGGAAAUAUCUCACGUUGCAAGUAAAGUUGCGAAAGUCAAUCGGUAUAAUAUCUAGAUGCAGCUUCUUUCUUUCUAAAUCGUCUUUACGUAUGCUCUACUAUUCCUUAAUUUAUCCUUAUUUUUACUACUGCAAUAUCGUUUGGGCUUCGACCUAUAAAACUAAUCUCCGCCGCCUUGUUAUCCUGCAAAAGCGCAUUAUUAGAAUUAUUAAUAAAUCACAUUUUAAUGCUCAUACUGACCCCAUCUUUAAGGACCUCGGUAUACUAAAAUUUAAUGAUAUCCAUUUGCUUCAACUGGGCCAAUUUAUGUAUUCUUGCAAAAAUUCAUUCUUACCUCCAAAGUUUAAUAACAAUUUCUCUCAAAGCAAUCAAUUCCACUCUUACAAUACAAGAAAUUCCCAGGCCUACCGUCUACCGUAUUGUCGUACAAACACGAAGAAGUUCUCGCCCUUUUUUCAAGGGCCUAAGUUUUUUAAUUCACUUGACAACAAGAUCAUCAACUCUCAAUCCCUCUCCUCUUUUAAGAAAAAACUGAAAAUUAAAUUAUUGAGUAAGUAUGAAAACAGUUUAUAAAUCUUUCCAUCUUCGACUUUUCGCCUUCUUCUCUUCAAUUGAUGUGAAACAGCUCUAGCUCAUAGUUCGAGGAGGCCUAACCUCUCAUAAGCUCCUAUAGUUUCUGUUAGGUCUCCUCGCCACUUCUUUUUUUUUUUUCUUCUUCUUUUCCUAUAUUUUUUGUAAUUAGUGUGGCAAAUAAAAUAAAAUAAAAUAAAAAAUAAAUACUACUGCUCCCACUACCACUACCACUACCACUCCGCCUCCUACUCCUACUCCAACUCUUGUAACCACUAUUACUAAUAAUAAUUAUGAUAAUAAUAAUAAUAAUAAUAAUUAGUAUUCACCAAAUCAGUGGAUAGCAAUUUUCAUGCAUUUUGAUUGGCUCCUGUAACUCGGAAUAUCCUUGGAUAUUCACUGUUUUGGGAUCAGAUUCCAAAUGGCUUUUCCUUUCGCAAUGGUUUUGAAAGAUGAAAUUUUAGCAGUAACUGAAGCAGCUGAACCAACAAAUACCAAGAAAGAGACAAAAUUUGGCUUGUUGGUGUUUAUUGGUUGAUAGAUAAAAUGUGACCUUCUCCAGGAAAACGUACACUAACGGUUUACCGUUUAACGGCUUAAAGCGUUAACAACCCGUUAACUAAGCGUUACAACGGCUUGGGAAAGCGUUCAAGCCGUUAGUAAAACCGUUAGAAAAAUUUGCCUUGCCGUUAGAAGCGUUAGAGAAACCGUUAAAGGCGUUAGUCAAGCUCGUUCAAAACGUUAGAAAAAGUCGUUCGAAAUUUCGUUCCAGGACGUUCAAGUCGUUCGGCAAAGUCGUUAGAUUUGCAUUCCAGAACGUUUAAUGAGUGAAGUUCUUUUGAUUAUUCUGUUUUAUGUCCUUUGAAAUUAUAAUCGUUAGGUUAUCGCUCUACAUUCGUUUGAUUAUCGCCCAAUCUGUACUCGGUUAAAACCUGCAACACAUACGUUUUCUCACACUUUCAUGCGUUUGUCGUUCAGGCUACAUUCGCCAAGCACUUGAACACACGAGCAUUUACAUACGUGCGUAACAAACUAUUAAUAGCAACAUGUGUUUAAUAGGUUUUCUGAUUAUUUACCUGGGGCGCCAGUAAACCAUUUCUUCUGUUGGACACUUCACACGAUCUCAGUUUACACAUUUUCACAAGGAUAACUAUCAUGUCGAAUAAAUUGUAGUUGAGCGUCACGAAUCUUCAAGUUAUAGGAUGAAAGCCGCUAAUUCUGGUUACCGCGUCUAUUGUCUUUUUAUGAAAAAAUAAAUAAAUAAAAGAAUAGGAUGUUAUUCUUAGCGAAAAGCGAAACGAAAAGCACGCAAACUUACUAUUGGUACCAGGACAGUCCGCUUGAUGCGUUGUUAUGGUAACCUUUGCUUGAAGGCUCAAAUCCUUGAUCGAACUAAAACGCAGCAAUCAACCAAGAAGCGGUAAAAUUCGCUUUUUAGUCAAGAUAUGAUCAAGAACAGGGAAAAUGUAUCAAUUUUUAUAAUUUACUUUCUAGAAAAGCUCUUGCUUAUUUUCAAAACGCCACAGCGCGAGACAGGAGCGAAAAACUUGAACUCAUGCACGUGAAUGUUUGCGUACUACAUGUAGUAUUCGAGAAACGGAAGUAACAUUGCGACUUUUGGUCCAUCACUUGGACGAACGUUAAAUGAGUAAUAAACAAUUUUAAAGAUUGGGUUUUUAACUGAAUUUUAUGUCUUGUCUGUCUCCCGAGUUUUAUUGACGACUCAGAUGAUUUGAAAUGUCAGACAGGUACAACUGAUUUCAUCGCAAGAUAAUGUUUUAUAGUCUUUGAGCUGUUAUCACUCGAAACGUUUGAUUUUUAUCAAACGUUCUCUUAGACCGUUAGAUGAUUGUUUCUUGAAGCCGUUAGUCCGCCCGUUAGAAACGUUCAAAAAAGUCGUUAGGAAAAUCAAAGCAAAUCCGUUCGAACGCUUUUGUAGGUCGUUAGAUUUUUUCGCCUACACGUUCAAACCGUUAGCCAACCCGUCAAGGGCGUUAGAAAAGCCGUUAACAAGCCGUUCGUUAGCCGUUAGUUUUUACCCGUUAAACGGAAAACCGUUAGUGUACGUUUUCCUGGAGAAGGUCACAAAUGCUCUUACUGAAUUAAUUUUGCAUCAAAAUCGUAAAAAAUGACUCCCGAAACACUGUCAAUUGAAAUGUAAACAAACUCAAACUAAGUGACGUCUUUUAUUUUCAAAAAGUUCCUUUUUGAUUUUUAUCCAACUGAUUACUUUGGUAAAUACUAAAACAACUAUCCCCCUCAGAGUCUGUUCGUAGCGCUAGAUAUGCAAUGUAUAACUCAACACUUCGCGACUCUAUAUAUCCACCACUAUUUACCUCCCCUUCGUGGCAUUUACAUCAUCUGUGAGAAUGUAUUAAAAGCAUACACAUGUACAUCAUGUAUAUAAGGCUAUUUACGAUGCUUUGCUUAGUAUUAAUAUGGGAUGCACAAAUGUAGAUCUUGUUGAAGAGUAUUCAGUAGUAUAUUACCAGUAAAAUGAUGUGCAAUUGAGGUGAAUUUCCUAGAAGUACUAUACUGGUGGUAUAUACUUUCUUUGUUCUGAUUAUUUUAUGUUAGGUUCCGACAUGAAACAGUACAUCAACCUGGUGCUUCAGCAACUCAUCACCAUUAUUAACAGGCCACACACUCCUAAGACACUACAGGAAAAUACAGGUAAAUGCCAGAGUUUUGUUGAAGUGUAAAUUAUAACAAAACAUGCAGGGUACACUUGGUCUUGUAGUUUUUGUGGCUCAAACGCUUCCUAAAUGUACUAAUCAGUGAAUGGUUCUAAGACUAAUGAAAAGAAAAAAUAGUGAAGUGGUUUGAGGAAGUAUUUGAACCAUAACAUUAUUGACCUUUUUGGCAAACAAAAAAUCUUCAGUUAAUUUACUCAAGUUAUGAUAAGCUUUGUGAGUUCUGUGUGUCCUGCUCCAAAUGUUGAAAGGGAUAGGGACUUAAUUAGAACUUUUAAAAAAGGAAAGAAGCAAAAAAGCAAAUUUAACCUGGUUGAAAAACAACAAGCUGGAGACAAGGCAAACAAAGAGCUUGCUUAUUUCUUUUAAAAUCUUUUGGUAAUUUUCACUCCAUUGAGUCUUAUUUUUUACCAUGUGCCUGACAGGCUACCAAGGGCCGAUUCUACUUAUAGCCACGAGGACAUCAAAAUUAAUUCAGUGAAACCUCAAUGUAAUGAGCCUCUGUUAAGGUUCUCGAUAUAACAAACUCUUUUCAUUUAAAAAUAAAUGAGAGAAAGAACUUUGAUAUAAUGAAACCUUGUUAUAGUGAACAUAAAAGUAAUGUAUAGUGCCAGUCCCUUGGUCCUUCAUUAUAUCAACUUAGGUUCCUCUGUAGUACUCGUUAAAAAUACUUUUGAAAGGGUUGUGACCUAGAAUGGAUACCCCAAAGUCAGAUUGUCAUCGUCACUCAAAAUACAUGAUGUGGAGUCUUAUAACUGAAAGUAGUAAAUAAGAGAAGAAAGAAAACAGUAGAAAACAGUAGGUAGUAUGUAGGACUUGAACCCGCGUCAUUUGGGGUAUAAUCCAUGUCCCUAUCCACUACACCAUCAAGUGCUAACUGCCAAGACCAGUUAAUUUUAACGUACUUUACAGCUGUACAUGGUGUUGAUCAUUACACUACUAAAACAGUGCUUAACCCUAAUCACUGUAAAUGCUGCUAAGCCCGGUAUUCAACUCUUUUCCUUGCACAGCUGUCUCUUACUCUGAUUUUCCCACUUUUCUAAAAGUUCUUGUGCCCAAUAAAUUCACCUUAUUAAAUAGCGUUGUGUAAUAAACAUAAGGUGUCCAACCUGAUUUGGAGGUAUCCAUUCUAGUCACAACCCUUUUGAGAGGUACUGUUCAUUUUGUUGUGUCUAGUGUUGCUGUGUUAUUGCAAGUCAAACUGUUUGAUUGUGUAGUAUUCAAGUAAAAACCGAAUCAUUUUCUAAAUGUCAAAGUAAUAAUAAUAAUCACAAGGACUAGCAGAGGUUCUAUUUGACUGGUCACACCAUAAAGAUUAAUUUUGGUCCACAGAUUUGUAAACUGCAUUACAUGUCUCUGUUACUGACAUAAAGGGUUGUUUAUAGAGUACUAAAGUGAUGACGUCAUAAAAAUGAAAUUUCUGAAAUUAUGGGAUUUGUCAGGAUAUUCUGAAAGAACAAUGUCCAAGAGGCUUACUUACCAAAAGUGAGCAUUUCAGGGCAAAUUGUCUCUGAGAUGUUAGCUUGUUAUACUCAGAAAACUCCAUACAAACCCUUCUAAUUUUUUUUUGGGUCGACCCAAAAAAAUGUAGAAGAGUUUGUAUGGAGUUUUAUAAGAAUAACUGAGCUACGAUCCUAGAGACAAUUUGCCCUGAAAUGCUCGUUUUUGGCAAGAAGGCCUCUUGGACAUUGUUCUUUCAGAAUAUGCUGACAAAACCCAUAAUUUCAGAAAUUUCAUUUUCAUGAUGUCACACUUUAGUACUCUAUUUAAACGAACUCUAACUUAGGCCGCUGUUUAGCAAGUCUUUGGACUACACCUUAUGCUUUCAUGAACCUUUUCACGAGAAAAAGCAUCUGGCAAACCCAAAAUGGCUUAGAACACGGUUUUGUUAAAGACUGGCUAAACUCAGUUUAAAUACAUGUAGCUGGCCCUAAGAGUUUAAGUGAGAACUAAAACAGCAAUGGUUUCUCUUAAUGUGGUUGUCCUCCACGGUCUUUUUUUUAUGGUGGUCCUGUGUUCCCCGUAGUUGAAUGAAGACAAGUUAUGGUUGCCUGUGAAUUGUCUUGGUACUUAAUUGUGUCUUUUGUUAACAAGUAAAGUUUGUAUCAUGUUUAGUUGUCUUGUAGUUUUACAAAUACAACCAGGACCAUUAUACAUUACAGGGUGCAAAGAAAGUCAGUUUUACAGCCUGCCAUUUGGGCAAGCUGUAGCUAGCAUGUACUAGCCCAAAAGUCAUUUCAGCUAGCCCCAAAACCCUUUUUGAUUGUCAGGAUUGAUUGCAAUCCUUCUGUAAUUUGAAUUUUGCAAAAACAAACACUUGCCCAUCGGGCAAGUUAAGAACAAAAAUCACUAGCCCGAUAGCAAAAUCCACUAGCCCCGGGCUAUCGGACACGACUUUCUUUGCUCUCUGCAUUAUAAUAAAUUGCUAUGUAGUAGUUUGUUACACUUCACUUGUCCCAUAGAAAACUGGCGGUGAUAAAUAAUGUUACAGACAUUUUUGUGAUUAAUGAAUAGUAGCGUGAAAUCAUUGUGCUAUCUUCCACUAACACAAAUCAUUAAACCUCCAAACUUCAUGUAUGAGUGUGUUCAACCUCGAAGGGCACAGUCAUGUUUAUUGUCUUGGCCGUGACUUUGUGCUGCUAUGUCUGUGUGCUUUAAUCGUUCUGAUUGCAUGACUUUGUUUCUUUUCUUGUCAAUUAACGUGUUUUUAGCUAUCACAAUCGGUCGUCUGGGGUUAGUUUGUCCUCAAGAAGUGGCUCCUUUGUUACCGCAGUUUAUUCAGAAGUGGUGUGUAUCGGUGUUUUUCCUUUUAUUUACAUGUGGUGCUUUGACUGUCAUUUGUCUUGGUUUGUUUAUGUUUUUGAAGUGGAUUCUCUUGUUUGUGGCUCAGCAUUAACAUUGCAUUUAUUAUUGCAUGUUGUACUUUGUCAUCAGCAUCCAGGUCUUUAACUUUUUUUCCAUUAACGUGUGAAUCAGCAGUCCUUAACAACUGGUAACUCAUCUUAACCCAACUUAAACCUUUGUUUCCCAGGUGCACGUCUCUGAGGAACAUACGUGACAAUGAAGAGAAAGACUCCGCAUUUCGAGGCAUUUGUAACAUGAUCGGUUUAAAUCCUGGUGGAGUUGUCCAGGUAAAAUAAUUUUUUAUUAAGGUAUUAUUUUUAUGAAGAAAUUAAUAGUUGUUGUGUGACACUUUGUUUUCAGUAAUGCAUUCUAACCGCUUUUGUGGCUACCUCUCAGUAAUUUCUGCGGUAAAACCACUAUACUUAUUGAUAGUACAUGUACUGACGUGUGGAUCAUCAAUUAUAAAUCAAUAAUUGAGUGGAAACCUUAAGUGGCAUGAUAAUAAUCAGAUUACUUCCACUAUCUCUUCUUUCAACUUCCAAGUUUUCCUAUGAAGUGAUUUAACUUGUUUAUGAGUCAUCUUGCAUUAGCACUUGUCUGACUAAAAUGUUGCAAGGCAACAUGUACAGAGCACCCAUUCAUGGGGACCGCAGAACCAAUUUUGUAAUCAGUUGAGUCAAUCUGAUUGUUUAUGAUGCUUGAUUAUGAAAUAUUAGCCAAUUCCUAGCACUACCCAUUGGAACCUAAAGUAAGUGACGACAUCUUGUAACCAACAACCAAAUCUUGGCAUUUUUGGUUGGUCAUGCACAGAAGGUUUCACUACAACUGGACAGAUGUAUUUCAAAACCUGUGUGGAAAUCUGUUUUGUGACUUUUUUCUGCUGAAUUAUUGUUACAGGAUUUUAUAUUCUUUUGCGACGCUGUUGCAUCCUGGGUGAACCCAAGUCCAGACCUAAAGGAUAUGUUCCUCAAGGUACGUUUUAUUCUUCUCUUCUGGGGAGUGCAUGCCCUAAAGACCACAAAAAAACUUUUCUGUUCUGGGCCAGUGUACUUUAUUUUGUAAGCUCAAUUCAUAGACCCAGCUUUUCCAUUCUGUUCCCACAUUGACUCAGCACCACAGUUAUCCCCUCCUACAUAAUUAUAAGAUUGCCACUUUUGCCACUUUUACCUGUUACCUGUUAUAAUCCAAGUGAAAUUUCAUCCUUGACUAACAGCAAUGUAACAUAAUUCUCCACUCCUUUAGAUCCUUCAUGGGUUUAAAAACCAGGUAGGGGAAGAGAACUGGAAACGCUUUUCAAGCCAGUUUCCAGCUGCCCUCCGAGAGCGCCUGUCUACCAAUUAUGGAGUAUGAGGAAGAGCCAUUUUUGGCAGGGUAAGUUGCAUUAAGGUAAAGUGUAAAGAUACCUGUCAUUUUUUAUAAGCAUUGGCUGCACCAUCAAUUUUUAAGCUGUAUGUUCAUCAGUCAGUUAUUUUAAUGAUCACAGAGACAUAAUUAUUUCCACACAAAGUAUACACUUGCAAAAGGAGCAUUAAUUUAUUAUCAGGGAGUGGGUCUUAAAAACAGUUACUCGCUGGGCAAGUAGCUUUUAAAGGGUACUUGCCCUUUGGGGAAAGGUUCAGGUGAGUCACAGGCAAUGUGAGAGUUUUAUGCCCAAACUAUGUGCUGGAAUUCAAGUUGGUUUCACUAGCUGGGGAGAUAACAGUGUUCUGAGGCUCUCCGCUUUGGAUGUCAGAAUUUUUAAGUAAUAACAGUGCCUCCGAUGUUUGGGACAUAAAUAGGAAUAACAAUUAUUUCAUCAUACAUGUACAUUACAUGUGCAGAUUUUGCAAUAGUUAGUCACAUGAUUAACUUUUUGUAGAUGUGAAAACAGUUUGCUCUGGAAAAAAUGCUGUUAGCAGGAACUUAAAGAGGAUAAAAAUUAUCAAAAGUAGGGGACCUGUUAAUUUUAAGUUAUACAUCCCAAAAGUAGCGAUUGCAACAGCUGUUGCGAACAAGAAAGAUUUGUAUGGGAAAAGCAACUCUUGCCACCCAGUCACAGUUAAUUUCAUUUUCCUUACAAAUCCUUGUAAAGUUUGAAAUUUUCAAAUUCUUGUAAAAUCGUUCUUUGAGCAUUCCUGGGAUCAAAUUUUAUGUUGUUCAUAACAAACAAUGUGAGUGCUUUAGUCCGGUCGAUGCCCUUACUAUGGUUGACAGUACACUGUAUGUGCUGCAAAAAAGAAGAAGAAAGAAAUUAGUAGGCAAAAAAACAAACCAUCCAUUUAUUUUCUUGUUCUCAGGUGGGGAUAAAUCAGGGCCUUGUAGAUGUUGCCCAGUUCAACCGUGUCGUCCUAAGUUCACGUCAUGUUCCCGUACAGUACAAGUCUGUGUUUAAUAACUAAUGGAUGUAACCGUAUUAUUGGGGGGACAGCAGUAUCAGCCAGUCAUUGAUAGCUAGUACUUUGUUUGAGUACCAAUGAUGUUACAGUAUUGUUGGGGGAUGAGAACAGUCAUCUUUCAGUCAUUGAUAGCCAGUAUUUGUCAAUGAAGUCAAUGCGAUCAGUCUUUGUGAACCUAGUGCGAAAUUCAAGUGGUCGUACCAGUGAGAUGUGUGCUAAUUGUGCUGUAGACCCAAUUGCAUCCGUGUUGUCAUAAGUCAUCUGUUGUGACGUUAUAAGUCAAGUGCUGCAAUGUACAGUAGCAUUGUCGCUGAAGUGCGGUAGAAUGUCUGUUAUUUUUGAAACCUGCAGCGAAUCAAGUCAACUGUCGUAUUGGUGGGUUUUGGACAAUAUAAUUGAUUCUUAAAUCAGCUUAGUGCAAGUUCUGUUUCUAUAAAGCUGCUCUUUUACUACCGUUAGAAGAAAACUGUACUUUAACUCAAUAAUGACUUGCGUAAUGAAGUUCUAUCUACUGCACUUGGAUAGAUCCGGGCUGAGUUGUUCAAAAGGCAAGUAUCGCAAAUCUAAGGUUAGCUGCCUUAAGAACUGGUUUACAGUUAACACGGUGCAGUACACAACUCAGCUCCAAAAUAGUUAGCAUGAGAAAACAGCCGAUAUUUUGUGACGCGGCCAUCAGUAUGGAAUUUCUGCACUUGUUUCUCAGUUGUCAUUUCGGGGGGAAACCAGUGGUGAUGUUGGAAGUUGUUGGCUGUUUUUUCAGGCUACAAAUUAAUAGUAAGCAAUGUAACACUGUAAAUAAUCCACUUAGCUACAGAGGGAUCCCUUAACUUUGCCAGCUUGUUAAGUGAUUUUCUUAUUGAACGUUCCGGUUUCGUAUUGUGAAAUGACCACCCACUAUAAACCAGGAACAGUAUUCUAUGAAGUAUUUGAUUAUUUUGAGAUGCCGUGAAAUGCAAGCUGUAAGUUCCUUGAAUAUCUCCAAAAGACUUUUUUUUUCUUGAAAUUUGUUCAUUGUUUUGUCAUUAUUAGGGUUUGGGUUAUUUUUACCAAGACAAGUGGAUCCUCAAACGCUGUUUCAUCAGAUUAUCAUUUCAAAUAUUAUUACCGGUAAUUUUGCUCUAGUCAUUCAAGAGUUUUCUUUCAGUUCCCACAGAAAAAGGUCCUUAAUCCUGUCAUAAUCAUAUGAUAAACGAAAAUUGAAAUUACAGGAUAGAAAAAACUUUUUAAACACAAGCUUUCAAUUCCAUUGCAGAAUCUUUAUCAAGUUGAUAGAGAUAACACAAUGAAUGGAAAGCUUGUGUUUAAAAAGCUUUUCUAUCCUGUAAUUUGAACCUUCGCUUAUUAGUUUUCUUUCUGUGUAGGUUACAGUUUCCUUGCUGAGUAAAAGCCAGGUUUUUAGUACAUAACUACACCGUGAUCAGCGAUAACAUUUCCUUCUGAUUUUACUUCAAGCUUAUGAAAUCUUAGAGUGAUGAUACUUUUAUCAGUUUUGCUUGGUACUGUUUAUAUCUCAGUCUCUGAUUUCAAAACCAGCAAUACCAUCAUUUUUUUUACCAGGAAAUACUGAGUAUAAAUGAAAGCCUAAUAAAUCAAAUUGUGUUCAUUCAAAUGAAACUUUUCAUAACAGUGAAAUAUUUUUUGCCACACCCUCUUGACUAGGUGUAGGUAUUCACUUUGAUCAUUGGUAGAAGCGACGGGUUCCCUCUGUAGUUACCUAAUUGAAAAUGAAAUUUGUUACCCAUCUGUAUUAUAAUUUAUAAUGUCAAGUGUACAGCUGGACUAACACUGCAAUUAUUAUAAAUCUAGACAUCCUGUAAGCGUUUGUAAAAAACAAUUCAUGAAAUCUUUUACUGACUAAGCCGCUAUUAUAGUUCUGUGUUUGAGUAGUAAAGCCUUAAAAUGACUGUCAGCUGGUCUGAUCAGUUCUACAUGACAUUUUACAGAGAAAAGGCUUCUUGCUGGACACUAGCCUUAGAUCUUAUGUCUGUUAAGGUCAAUUUAGACAGUAAAACGUUUAUGACAACCAAUGUGCUUACAGCAUAAGACCAUUGCAUAAAUAAAUACUGUACUUGUGACCAUUGAGAAUGUGCUCUUCAAAUAUGAAAGGGACCCAUUGCUCUUCACCUGAGAAAUCCAGGGUGCCUAGCAUAUGAUUUUUAUGAACGAACUAAGAUUUCCUUGUUGCCUAAGAGCUGUUAGAGCAAGCCCUGGAGGUCAUAAGUUCAGAUGAGACAAAGUUAUACAGUCUAAUGUGACCUUAAUCAAGGUAUCUACUCAACACGAUCACACUGAAGGAACUGUUUUAGCCUUGUUUUGAUAACAUUCUGAGUACUGUACAGAAGGAGGUAGUUUCUAUAGUAAAUUUUCUUGAAAAUACAGAGGGGAAUAGUAUUGUUUCCUCUACAUAUUUUUGUCUUUAGAUUAUUCCCAGUGGAAAUCUUAGUUUUCUUGACACUUAACAGCCAAUAGAUGGCAACCUGAUUUUAUAUUCCUUUCCAGGUGUAAUGGUCUCUGUUUUGAGUCCAAACUUCGACCUAAGGGUCUGACUAUUUUGUUUGAGUUUGCAGUGAAAUUGGAUCCUGUGUUUGAUAAGAAAGGGACUUGACUGGCUUUUCUUGAAAGCCAUGUAUCUUGUGCUUAAAGUUGAAGCUAGUUAACCAAAAACCGUGAGUGUCCUAUUUACAAUUUCAGAUUAACUUAGGUUUCUGUGAAACUGCCCACCUACCCCUCCCCUAACCUAACAUUUCGCCCCAAGUGAGUCGUAAAUGUUAACGUCGAGUUAGGGAAGGGGUAGGUGGGCAGUUUCAAUUGAUCCACAAUUUCCAUUUUCAGACUUUGUGUUUGAGAUUCAGAGCCCUUUGUUUAUCGAUAAAAUACACUACUUUUAGUUUUCUCAGUUCCCAACAUUUAUUUCCAAAAUGCCUUCUUUGAUGAAUGUCAGUGUUACUAAAGCAAAGCUAUAACAUGUUCCUUGAUUCUUUGCAUGUCUCUGCGAUACAACAAUACCUUUUCUCUUAUAAAGAUAAUUGCAAGAACCAUUUUACAGCUUGCUGAGUCAUGAUUUGCAAUCACAUAGUGAGUGAUAACAACAGUACUUUGUAUUCGUUAUUUUGACUGAAAGUCAGUCAGACAUAAAAAAAAAACUUUGAUACUAGAAGUCUUUCAGGAAUGCUAAUGUGUCAUGCAAAACCAACCCGAUCAAGAUGAGUUACUUGCAUGGAUGCCAGAGUGGCUUAGGCAGUCAUCUUGUCUCAUAGUUAAUUUUGUAACAUAAUUAGCAUUCCAGGGGCAAGUUAGCCUGUGCCAGGCGUUCAGAUAGUAGAGUACAGGAGAAAAAUUUGUCCCCCCCCGUUUUCCCAGUGUACAAUUUAACUCGCUCCCCACUGACUUCCAUGCUCUACUAUCUGAAUGCCUGGAACAGGCUAGGGACAAAUUGUUUGAACCAUGUAAUUAGAAAGUUACUUACUACGGUAAUGCAUUCUUUAUUUGUAAUUUUCACCCAUAAUUAGAAUUGUUUUCAAACAGCACAGCCCAGACCUGACCUUCAUUAUUCAAUUGUACUAAAGUUUAUUAGGAAAGUAUUUGAAUUGGAGUUGAAUGAUUCUUGCAGUGUUGCAUCAGACAAAUGUUAUUAAUAGGUUCAGUAUUUUAGGAAGUUAUUAUUAUUUUAUUACGUUUUGGUAAUAUAUAUAUAUACAUAUAUAUUUUAAUUAUGAGAUAAAGAAAUUUUUAGGAAGUUCAUGUUUUAUAGUUUUGUAUAAGAAUGUAGUAACAAGAUUAAUGUUUAACUGCUAAGUGAACAAAUAAGAUUUAAUUCAGUGUAAGCUGAAAGUUAAUAUGUGGAAAGACUUCUUACUGAAUGCAAAAUCCUUUUAGUCUUGAUCUUUCAGUUUUUUAUUUGAUCAAAAUGCCUUUCUUGUUUCCCUGCAACUGGUUAAUGGGGCCGAAAAAAGUAUAAGUGAAGGCCAAAAGUUUGUCUUAGUCAUGAACGUUAUUUGUUUCUUUUGAAAUACCUUUUUUCAUGAGUAAUUUUAGAGGCCACAUCUUUUGAAUCUGUCCUUGGUACUCUAACAGACUGGGAAUGUGAUCAUCAUACGUUUCUGGGAAACUGCCCACUUACCCCUCCACUAAGCUAACAUUAACACUUACUUCUCACUUAAGGCAAGAAGUUGGCUUAGGGGAGGGGUAGGUAGGCAGUUUCCCAGAAUUGCAUAAUGAUUCGUUAACAUUACCUUUACCAACCAAUCCAACCCUUGUUUUAGACCUUGAAUUUGAAUUUUAUAACGACAUGAAAUGUUCAGGGAAAAUUGGAUUGAUCAAGACUUUAAGGACAGUGUUCUUUUUUAAUGUUCUGUCUACAUAUAAAAAGUCUCUAAUGUUUGUAAAUCUGAUAAUAAAUCUAGUUCUUUUUUUCUGAAAACUAGAGAAAUGGCUUUAAUUUGUAGAAUCUUCAGUAAAAGAAUUGCACGUUCAUUUGCAAUGUACCUAGGACAAAACAGCGUACAGCCCACUGCUUCUCAAAUACAUGACUAUUCUAUUUUUUUUAGCCAUUUUUCUUUUUUCGUUGUUAAAUAUUUCCGAAUAUUUAUUUUCUACCUCUAAGAAAAUUGUCAAAUUUUUGCAGUCUUUGUUGUCGAAAUUUCAAGCACCGAAUAAGAGUUUUAGACCUGGAUUCAAACCUUCAAGGCAAUUCGAAAUUACAGCGUUAGAUUAACAAACGUUUCUAAAUUAUAUAGGGCAUAAUUUUCAUUUCUCGAACGUGUUAUUGUAUAGUUACCUAUUCAGUUUUGUUUACUUUGACUCAAUUUGUUUCAAGUACUUUAAUUUAAUUAAUAAUUGGAUUCAAUAUAAUAUAGCUAACAAUUUAAUUAUACCAAUGGGCUCUAGGUAAUAAGUAUUUGUCUGCAUAUCUUCUAACUUUACUGCCGCACCAAAGCUUUAUGUUCUUGUCGAUUUGUUCCGGGAAAUUUUGUCCUAUAAUUUAAGUGUUUAUAACUUUGAGUGUAUAGUUCUUUUUCCAGUUCAGAGAAACAACAAAAGUUGGUAGUUUUCUAUAAUUCUCACUACCUUCUUGUUCAACUUGGAUUGUUUUUAAAAUGAAAAAAAAAAAAAGAGCUAUUCAUCAAAGGUCUAUGCUUCCAUUGUAUUAAUUGUUUAUAGCCCCCAAACCAGCUGGUCUGUGUUUGUAUGUUUGUUUGUUCACAGGAACACCACGCAGUUUGCGUGGUGGUCCUGUUGUCCGUCUAGAGCUCUGUUUUCAAUGUCGUUGCUCGUUUCAUGUGUGAAACUGCGAAAUGUUAUUUCUAUAUAUAUUUAAGUAAAUGAGAAUUAUGAUACUAUUAUCAAUUAAUUAAUGGCGUUUUAAAAUUGUCCGCGAG